CAGCUAUCUAGGCAGACAUACAAUCUAACCCCGCAUUGGCUGAGAGCAGCAUCAAGAAGUAUAGAAAUAUUGAUGAUAGACUACCCUGUCACACUCCGACGUUCUGCCUUUCCAGCUUGGACGAAAACAGCUUACCGCGCACUGUGAUUACUCCGUCGGGCUAUCCAGGAUCCAUGGCUAAGAGAAUAUCAAAAGCAAUCGAUACUUCUGUAUCGCAAACUCACCAGCACGAAACUCUCGAAGACAAUAACAGUAUUGCUCAUCAGGAGCCACCCCCGUACUCCAGUCCUGUAGCCGCGCGGCCCAGUCCCAGUGGCAACCAGCAGCGAUCAAUCCGCUGCCUGAGCAAUAUUCCGUCGCUUCCCAAUCUUGAUUACUCGAAAUACCAAAUCCCCGAGUGUACUGUAUCCAAAGAUGGCACAAUAACCACGAACUAUCGGCCUCUUUGUUCAGAUGCGACGGCCCUGGCGCAGUUCAUAAGAGAACAGGCAGCUCUACCUCCAUUACCAUACAUUCGCAUCGUGGGCAUUCCUCCAGGGACAAGCCAGCCUGAUUUCGAUGUCAGGAUUAACAUGUUAAGGUACUUCCUACCCACGAGGUCGUCGACAGGGUGGAACUAUCUGAAAUUGGUGGAGGAUGGCCAAUUGGCUUUCCGUGGGAAGAAUACGCAGACGACAACACCAAAUACGAAGAAUGGGAUCGAGGAUUGGGCAAAGAGGUUCUGUGCAGAGAAAUCAUCGCUGAAAACAUUCACACUGGAACGUCAUAUUACAAACUGGGAUACCAGUUAUAUAGAAGGCCAAAUCCGCAGUCUCGUUGCUGCGACAGGCUACACCAACCAUGUUCUUGUGACCUUCCCAGUCCGGUACUCUAAGAUCACGGUCCAACCUCGGGGGGAGGGCUUCAUUGCCACGCUUUUCUCCCCGAUUCUCGAGAAGAAACGUUAUGAAGUUGCGCGUGCGGUUUGGCCAUACGCGACGCUUCCACCGGGCAUCGAUGCUGAAGACACAGGCCGUUCAUGUGCCGUGCAGACAGAAGAGACGUGGUGGCGCGAGUGGAAAGAUGUGUUGAACCUGGCGAUUGUUACGAGAAGGAAUGGAUGGGUUUCGUUAGAUGAUAUGUUGGAAUUUCAGAUGAGACCGACGGAGCCUCAAAUACCGAAAAAUCCUUGGGGAUAUCAAUAAGUACCUAGUUGGCGUUAGAAGGACUUGCAUCUUGACCUCGUUGGUAAUAUAUAUUUCACCUUUGAUUCUCACAAGCCUUCUACGUUUGUCACUUUCAAUGCUGCAAAUUCCACCACAUUUGGCCAUUUGCCUUCAUGGUGAUAGCGAUGUCUAUUUUGAUGUAUCUAAAUAUCUGUAGCGCUUCACGAGUAAAACAUGAUGCAGUUUGGGACUGGCGACUCCUUCAGGACAGCACGUGUCUGGCAGGGCGGGCGAAAGGCCGAAAGGCCGAACGACCGAGCGAACGACCUUCAAUCGAGAUGGCCACA